AUGGUACAAAGUGAGUCAGAAGAGCGGAAAUCAGCUGAACAUUUUGUUUUUCACUCGCACAUUUUUCACAUAGCAAACGACAGAGAGGAGCAGGAGCAGACACGUCGCAGCUCCGCUCCGCUCCGGACCUCACACCGUUUCCUGCCUUCAUGUGAGUGGACGGCUGGACUAACUCAGAAGAUAAAGAAUGUGAAGACGGAAACGAUGUGCUCCACAGGAACCAACGCGGAGCUUACAUCGUCCGACCCGGCUCUGGUCCUGGAGCUGAAGACCAGGCGCCCUCCGUCCCUGGAGGGCCGGGCGGGAUGUGAGACCUGGAGCGUGGACUUCUCCCCGGACGGAGCCUGGUUCGCCUGGUCGAUGGGACACGGGAUCGUCUGGGUGGUCGCCUGGCCUCUCGACUCCGAAGAAAGCCAGAAUGGAGAGACCGACCGAGGAGACAAGAGCUUCAGUUGUGGUCACCCAGUGUGGGGCCUCGCCUUCGGACCCAGACCUCCAAAAUCAUCUGCAGCCGCACGCCCGGCUAGAACGUCAUCAAAAGGGAACAAAAGCCUGCUCCUGGCCACCGGCCUGGAGAACGGGGUGAUCAAAAUCUGGAAUGUAUUAACAGGUGAUGCUGUAUUUGACCUCCAUGGACACGAAGGUAUAGUGAGGCACCUGGUCUUCCCUCAGAAUGGGACGCUCACACUCAUAUCAUCCUCUCGGGACAAGACAUUGAGGAUUUGGGACCUGGCUCAUAAAGGUAAAAAGGUGCAGGUGCUGUCUGGACACAAGGACUGGAUCAGCUGCUGCUGCGUGUCUUCAGACUGCAGCAUGAUCGCGUCUGUCGGCAGGUUUGACCGAAUGGUGUGUCUGUGGAGCCUGCGGUCAUACACCUUUAUCAGGAACCUGGCGGGGGGGACACACAAGACUCUGUACCUGCUGUCUUCCUGCGACUUCUCUCCUGACGGGGCGGUGCUCGCCACCGCCGCCUUCAGCGGCUCCAGCUGGUGGAUCGACCUCUGGGACCCGUACACUGCAGAGAAACUGGCCACUCUGGUUGACUAUUUUGAAGAUUACGGGCAAAACCAAAUCUCAUCAAUACAGUUUUCUCCCAACGGGUUGCACUUGGCGAUGGUGACCGACGACAGAGCUCUGCGGAUCUGGGAGCCGGGACAGAAAGGGAUGGUGAUGCAGACGAAAGUGGACAGGGACGCCAACGGACUCUGCUGCAACUACCAUCCACAGGGAGGAGUGGUGGCCACCGGAACCAGAGACGGCCACGUGAGGUUCUGGAAGGCGCCCCGGACGGUGCCCAGCCUGUGCCACCUGUGCCGAUCCAUCCUGCGCCAGUCGGUCUCCACGCACCAGAUGGAGCCGCUGCCCCUCCCCAAGAGGAUCCUCCAGUACCUCACCUACAGGAACAUCCCAGACCGCCUCAAGACCUGCUGCUCCUCUGAUGACGACGAGUGGGACGCUUAAAUAGGAACACUAACAACGCAGCAGCUGACACUUACAGCGACCGAUUGUCAUGCAUAACAAUAGUAAUAAUAAAAAAUGCCUUUUGUUUGCUAAUUAAGAGAUGUUUUCCAGGCUUGGAUUAGCACAAGAAGCAUCUCUUAUUGUAACCUACUUUAGAUGCAACAUUCCUACAUUAAGGGUUUCAUUUAUUGCACUACUUUAAAACAAUGCAUCAACUUAAUGUUCACAUGCUUAUUUGACUUGAAUGUCACAAUUUUAUACUAUUAAUUUAUUGUGUAAAUAUCAAAUGUAUAUGAAUUUUUCAUUUCUGUUUGGAAAAAAAAUGGCACAUGCACUACUACUGUACUGUACCUGCACAUAUUAAUUGUUAAUAUAAGAUAACAAAUACUGAACUUAUAGGAAAUAGUUUUAUUAAACAGAUUCAAGCACA